AUGGCCUCGGUUGAGACCGAAGUGUCGGACGACAUCUUCGCAAAGCUCAAACGAGCAGACCCGAAAGAGCUCGAGCAGCGGCAGGAGGCUAUCAACGAGAGGCUGCAGGCGACCUUCCAGAAGAGCCAGCUAAGACUCGCUGAGCUAAUAGACCGAAACUCGACGUUGCCGACAACAGUAUCGGCAGUCACUGUCCUCGGUGCAACGAACACAAGACGAAGCUUUCUCAAAGGCGUGGUCGAUCCGCUACUGAGCGCGAACCGUGACAGGCCAUAUACGCAGUCCGAGGUUAUACGAGAGUCAGCAGCGGUCGCAGAGAAGCUGAGAGCAUUUGACAUUUUCCACGACCCGGUCUCGAUAUACUUCGAUAAGCCACCACAAAUCGAUGCGGAUACCACACCGACCGAUGUCGCGAUCUUCUACUCGGUGAAAGAGCGGAGUCGGCUUUUCUUGAAAACCGGCACAGACUUAGGCAAUGCAGAGGGUUCAGCAUAUGCAAAUGCACAAUGGCGGAAUAUCUUUGGAGGGGCGGAGACACUGGACGUCAAUGCUUCCUUCGGCACGAAGACACGCUCCUCCUAUUCAGCAACGAUCGACACACCAGUGUUCAGCAACCCAGACCUCAAAUUCCAACUAGGCGGUCUGCAGAGCUCGACGCAGAAGCUCUUCGCGAGCCACGAAGAGAUCCUGCGAGGCGGCUUCUCGAAACUGCGGUGGCUGUCGAAGGCAGGUGUACAUGAGGUCGGCUACAAUGGCUUCAGAAGAACGGUGACUGGACUGGCACAGAACGCCUCUCCGACGGUGCGGAACGAUGCUGGAGAGUCUUUCAAGAGCAGCAUAUCACACACUUGGGUCAACGACCGACGAGAUAACCCGACGUUACCGUCGAGGGGAUACUACAUGAAAACGACGUCUGAGUUGGCCGGCUUCGGGCCCCUAGCAGGCGAUGUGGCUUUCUUCAAGGGCGAGGUGGAACAACAGACGGCGAUCCCUAUUCCCAUACCAGGCAUAAAAGGUGACAGCGGCGUCAGCUUCACCUUCGGUGCUCGUGCCGGCAUGCUCUAUCCUCUCGCUUUGUCCGGUCAGAGCAGUCCAUCACCAUCGAAAAUUAACGAUCGGUUUCAGCUGGGAGGUCCCACAGACGUGCGAGGAUUUAGGUUAUCAGGUUUAGGGCCGCACGAUGGAGCUGACGCGGUUGGCGGAGAUGUGUAUGCUGCUGGCGGUGCUUCUUUACUCAUGCCGCUGCCGAGGGUCGGGCUGAUCGACCACUGCGACUGCAGGCUUUUGUAA